AUGGUCUCUAGGAAUACCACGGUGUCUGAUAUUAAAAAGAUAUAUGAUAAAGAAAGGAUCAAGCUUAAGGAAAUCAUGGGUAGGAUUCCAAAUAAAAUUUGUCUAACAUCGGAUGUUUGGACAACAUCUACUAGUGAGGGUUAUAUCUGUUUGACUGCUCACUUUGUUGAUGAAAAUUGGAAGUUAGUUAGUUGUCUUCUUAACUUUCUUCGAAUGAAGCCCCCCCACACGGGUAUUGCAUUGGAAACUACUUUAUUUGAUUACUUAAAACAAUGGGGAAUAAAUAAGAAAAUAUUUACUAUUAUGUUGGAUAACGCCUCUGCCAAUGACAACAUACAAGACCAUUUGAAAACUCAUCUUCGAGUGCAGGGCAAUUUGAUGUGUAAUGGUGAAUUUUUUCAUAUCCGGUGUUCGGCCCAUGUACAUAACUUAAUUUUCAAAGAGGGUUUAAAAAUUGCUACUGAAGCCCUCCAAAAUAUUAGAGAGAGUGUCAAGUAUAUUAAAGGAUCUGAUGGAAGGAUGCUUAAGUUUAAAGAUUGUGUCGAGGAUGCAGGGAUAAAUGUCGGCGGUGGUUUAAGAUUUGAUGUAUCUACUAGAUGGAAUAGAACUUAUUUGAUGCUUGAAAGUUCCUUACAAUAUAGAAAAGCUUUUGAGUUUUAUAAGGUGGCAGAUAGAAGCUAUAAACACUGUCCAUCAGAGGAGGAAUGGGAAAGGGGAGAAAGAAUUUGUGAGUUCUUAGAACCAUUUUACGAUACCACAAAUUUGAUUUCUGGUUCAUCUUAUCCAACAGCAAAUAUGUAUUUCAUGCAAGUGUGGAAAGUACAAUGCAUUUUAGAAAAACAUCAAAAAAGUAUUGAUAAGGUGAUAAAGGAUAUGCCUGAUAAGAUGAGAGUUAAAUUUGACAAAUAUUGGAAAAAUUAUAGUGUUGUGCUAGCAUUUGGAGCUAUUCUUGAUCCCCGCUUGAAGGAGAAGUUUUUGAAGUUUUGCUACACUUCACUUGAUGCGUCAACAUCUAAAGAGAAACUUGAGAAGGUGAUGGAUAAAUUCAAAGGGCUUUAUGAAGAAUAUGUGAGUUAUUCAACCAAUCAAAGUGUUUCUCUUUCUCAAUCAUCUUAUGAGUUCAACUCAUUGGUUAAGUUACCUAGAGAGGAGAAUAAAGCUAAAAAAAUCAAAGAUUAUAAGUCUUUGAGACACACUAGUAUAUCCAAGGAUUUUAAAACAUGGAACUCAAUUGAGAGUAAGUUUGUUCCUGAAAAGAAUGAAUUAGAUAUAUACUUUGACGAUGAAUUGAUGGAGCUGGAUGAAGAAUACUCUGAAGAUUUUGAUGUACUUCUUUAUUGGAAGUUAAAUGAGAAAAAGUUUCUGAUACUCUCUAUAAUGGCACGUGAUGUGCUUAGCAUUCCUAUCACGAUUGUAGCAUCAGAGUCUUCUUUUAGUAUUGGUGGACGUGUUCUUACCAAAUACAGAAGUUCUACUCUUCCAGAACAUAUCCAAAUGUUGAUUUAUGAGGAAGAUAUCAACACUAAGGAUGAAUGCAAUAAUGAGAUGACAAUGACUCAACAUACAUUUGGAUUGCAAGUUUGA